AUGGUUGCGACCGCCUCCGACCCUUCCAUCGUCGACCGCCUCUGGUCCAUCCUGCCGUGGCUCUACUGCUGGCACUGGUACGGAUCGGCGCCCACGCCGCGCGGGCUGCUCCUCGCGACGCUGGCUUCGAUCUGGGGCCUCCGCCUGACCGCCAACUUUGCACGCAAGGGCGGCUUCUCGGGCGGCGAGGACUAUCGCUGGGCAGAGAUCCGCACCUGGCCCGGCUUCGACCGCGGUUGGGAGGUCUUCAAUCUGCUCUUCAUCUGCGGACGCCCACGGUUCCAGCAGCUCGUCCUCCUCGCCUUCUCGUCGCCCGCGGCGGCGGCGGCCAGCUCGGACGUGCCGCUCAACGCACUCGACGCCGCGGCGACGGCGCUCUACCUCUUGCUGCUCGCGGGCGAGGCGACGGCAGACCGGCAGAUGAUGCGCUUCCAGACGGAAAAGUACCGCCGCCUGCGCGCCAAGGAGCCGCUCGGCGCCGAGUUUGGCCGCGGUUUCCUCUGCUCUGGCCUGUGGCGCUACCCCCGGCUCCACCGGUUCCGAGAGUGUCGUGUCGACGGCCCGGCCGAGAUCCCGGUGGUCCGGCUGCCGCCGCGACGGGCCGUAGAGCAGUACUUCGGACCCCACGCCUCACGCCGCCCGCUCCUCGUCACGGCCGUCUACGGCGCCUACGUCCUCAUGCCGGUCCUGCUUCUCGUGCGCGUAUGGAGCGUGGACCCCCCCGCUACCAAGUUGCACUCGUGCGACGUAGCGGGGGGCCACGACUACGUUUACGAAACAUAA